UUCACAACAAAUAGUCUUAUAGCAAAGUUCGACUGUACUGUACACAAUUUUUGUCCAAAUACAGAAACAAAGUGCACUUGUGUAAUAUAUUGUGUGUUAUAUGUGUAAGUUUAAUGGCUAUUGACAACACACUGUACACUUCCAUAGAAGUUUACCAGGCAAUACACGUUGCAAGGUUGAUAAUUGUAUUAGUGAUUACUAAAAAUAUCACGAGAACCUUAUCCUCGUAAACUCGAGCGCUGGUUCGUCGAGAAAAGGUGGCCUGACUGAUGAAAACCGCUAUGUAGUCACCACACGGUUUUUUUUAUUACAAAAUCAAUAUACUUUUUCGAGUUAAACAUAUGAGACGAACCCGCUCAUUAUGAAAUGAUUAGAUAGUGAAAGUUUUAUUAUUUUUAGUUUUUUAUUUUGCGUUAAUUAAAACUCGGAUUUUUUUUUUGUUUAUUAAUUUGUUAAUUUUUUUUUGUAAUUAAAAAUGGAAGAAACAUCACCACCCCAUGUAUCCAGGCAGUAUUUAGUUGUCAAUGAAGAAAAUAGUGGGUCUAGUAAUAGUGUUGUUAAAAAAAGUCAGACUGAUAAACAAGAAAUUAAAUCUGUUAGUAUGUCUGAAUGGGUUACUGUUUGGAUUUUAUGUUUUGUUAAUCUUAUUAAUUAUAUGGACAGGACAACUAUUGCAGGUGUACUACCAGAAAUACAAGAACAAUUUCAAAUCAAAAAUGGCUCAUCUGGAUUAUUACAAACAGCAUUUAUUGUCAGCUACAUGAUAUUUGCUCCAUUAUUCGGUUAUCUUGGUGACAGGUAUAACAGAAAAAUAAUAAUGAGUGUUGGAGUAUUUAUUUGGUGCCUAACAACACUCCUGGGGUCUUACAUGGAGACUUUUGGAACAUUCAUCCUCUUCAGAAUGUGCGUCGGAAUUGGCGAAGCGAGUUAUUCAACAAUAGCACCCACGAUAAUAAGUGAUUUAUUUGUAAAAGACACUAGAUCUAAAAUGUUAGCGCUGUUUUACUUCGCUAUUCCCGUGGGAAGCGGGUUGGGGUAUAUUACCAGCGGUAAAAUAGCCCAAGCGACUGGCAAAUGGUACUGGGGAUUAAGGAUAACUCCUGGGCUAGGAAUCUUAGCGAUCCUUUUAAUUUUAUUGUUUGUCAGAGACCCUGCCAGGGGAGAAAAAGAAGGUGGUUCUCAUAUUUCAAGCACUUCGUGGUCUAUUGAUAUUAAAGAGUUGUUAAAAAAUCCAAGUUUCAUGUUAUCAACGGGAGGAUUCACUUGUGUGGCAUUCGUAACUGGUGCAUUGACUUUAUGGGCGCCUAAAUUUUUACAAUUAGGCAUUAAGUUACAAAAAUCAGAAACUGAUCUGGCUACUGAUGAUGUAUCGUUUAUCUUCGGAGUGAUAGCAAUGUUAGCAGGUCUUCUGGGAGUCCCAUUAGGUUCAGUAUUGGCUCAGAAACUCAGGGUGCGGUAUCACCAAGCAGACCCACUUAUCUGCGCGGUUGGAAUACUCAUUAGUGUUCCAUUAAUAUUCUUCGCACUAAUAACAGCAAAUACAAAUGCUACUUUAUGCUACAUUCUUAUCUUCUUCGGGCAAUUAGCUCUUAACCUUACUUGGUCUAUUGUUGCUGAUAUUUUAUUGUAUGUAGUAAUACCAACAAGAAGAUCGACAGCUGAAGCGUUUCAAAUUCUUGUCGCUCAUGCGCUUGGUGAUGCCGGUAGUCCUUACAUCAUCGGAUUGAUGUCGGAAGGAUUAAAACCAGCACUAACACCACUAGGGCCUUUUGAUGACUUCGCCGCGUUGACGGAGUUCCGCUGCCUUCAGUAUUCAUUGUUCCUAACAAUCUUCUUCGAAGUCUUAGGAGGUUUCUUCUUCCUUCUUACUGCGAUCUUUAUCGAGAAAGACAAAGCUGUCGUCGACCUAACGAUGGCGGUACAUGAAUUGGUAUCGAGUUUGGAGUUGAACCCUCUGUAUGUGAGUGAUGAAUUUAAAUAGUCCUGUUUUCAAGUAGCAAGUUGAGAUUCAAGAAUAUUGUUAUUUUGCUGAAUGUCUAAAAGCUAAGAAUAAUGGGCAAGCAGAAUCAACGCGUUUGUAGAAAAAAUAUUAUUCACCAAUGGGCCCUCAUCUGACUAGUUAUGCUCCGUAAUAUG